AUCGAUAACGUCAUCGGAGUUUGGCCACCUCUAUUUUCUGAGCUCUGUGCACGUUUGUAUUCAUCGCCAGCCACGUUAAAAGGAAGAACGUGUAUGUGAAUACGACCAGCAGAGGAUCUAAGCGAAGGAUUCAGGAGCCCAAAUUCUCAAUCCCCAUCCCACACACACACACUCUUGCACGUAAGCACGCUCUCUGGGAGAGGAAGGGUAAAUAAAACAAGCAACGAGCAAAAUGUCUGGCGAGGAAACGUCUGCCGAUCGCAAUGUCGAGAUCUGGAAAAUCAAGAAGCUCAUCAAGAGCCUGGAAAUGGCCCGUGGCAAUGGAACCAGCAUGAUUUCUUUGAUUAUUCCGCCAAAGGAUCAAAUCUCACGCGUCAGCAAAAUGUUGGCCGAUGAGUUUGGAACGGCGUCGAAUAUCAAGUCGCGUGUAAAUCGUCUGUCCGUCCUUGGUGCCAUUACGUCGGUACAGCACAGACUUAAAUUAUACACCAAAGUGCCUCCCAACGGUUUGGUCAUCUACUGCGGCACAAUAGUCACAGAGGAGGGCAAGGAGAAGAAGGUGAACAUAGACUUCGAGCCAUUCAAGCCCAUCAACACGUCGCUCUACCUCUGCGACAACAAGUUCCACACGGAGGCCCUCACUGCCCUGCUCGCCGACGACAACAAAUUCGGAUUCAUCGUGAUGGACGGUAAUGGAGCGCUGUUCGGUACCCUUCAGGGCAAUACCCGCGAGGUGCUCCACAAGUUUACCGUCGAUCUGCCGAAAAAGCACGGCCGUGGUGGUCAGUCCGCCCUUCGUUUCGCCCGUCUGCGUAUGGAGAAGCGUCACAACUACGUGCGGAAGGUCGCCGAGGUGGCCACCCAGCUCUUCAUAACGAACGACAAGCCCAACAUUGCCGGACUCAUCCUGGCAGGUAGUGCGGACUUCAAGACUGAGCUCAGUCAGUCUGAUAUGUUUGAUCCUCGUUUGCAAUCAAAAGUCAUCAAGCUGGUGGACGUGUCUUAUGGUGGGGAAAACGGUUUUAACCAGGCCAUUGAACUGGCAGCCGAAUCAUUGCAGAACGUGAAAUUCAUACAGGAGAAGAAACUCAUUGGUCGUUACUUUGAUGAAAUUUCUCAGGAUACUGGCAAAUACUGUUUCGGCGUGGAGGAUACUUUGCGGGCACUGGAACUUGGCUCUGUGGAGACCCUCAUUUGUUGGGAGAAUCUGGAUAUUCAACGUUAUGUUCUCAAGAAUCAUGCCAACUCGACGUCAACGACAGUAUUACAUUUGACGCCCGAGCAGGAAAAGGACAAGUCGCACUUCACUGACAAGGAGAGCGGGGUAGAAAUGGAGCUGAUUGAGUCUCAGCCGCUCCUGGAAUGGCUGGCAAACAACUACAAAAUGUUCGGCGCCACACUGGAGAUUAUCACGGAUAAGUCCCAGGAGGGAAGUCAGUUCGUGCGAGGUUUCGGUGGAAUCGGCGGUAUCUUACGUUACAAGGUGGACUUCCAGAGUAUGCAGCUCGACGAUUUGGACAAUGACGGCUUUGAUCUAGAUGAUUACUAGAAAAUGUUUCUAUAGAAAUGAAUUUGCAACUACCGUCGACCGCAAGCUGAACUGCUACUACAUAAAACCAGGAAAAUCAAAUAGAAUAUUUUAAUAAUACGAAAAAACACACAAACCUUCUUCCAUUUUAACGUUGUUGGCGAAAAAAGUAAAAUUUAAAAUAAUGCAUAUAAAUACAAACGAUAUAAUGUUAAAUCGAGGAAUACAUAUUAAAAUGCUACCGUUUUACGUGAACAAAAUAA